AGCCCGCCCCCUCCGACCUUAUUUACCAAGCCUGCUGCCCACCAGACCCCCGUCCACCUACCCAAUCCACGACCGUGAGAAACGGCGGUCAGAGCUCAAGCGACCACCAACCAAGCCCAUAGCCGCCGCCGCCGCCGCCAGGGACCCCUCCCCCCUUCCUUUCCCCCACGAGCCCUCCGCGACGCCGGCAGGUCGCUGUUGAGCCUGACUACUCCCCGUAGCGGACAUGGGAUCGACGGCGCUCGGUGGUGCGGCUCCGGCGCGCGCCGGAUUGGCCCCCAAGAGUGGAGUCCUUGGAUCUACUUUCAAGCCAUGUGGUGGUUUCAAGCUCAAAACAACUACUAAGAUGAGUUUUAUGCCCUCUUAUUUUCUUAUAAAGAUUUGUUUGUGUAGUGUGGUAUUCCACAUACUAAUAAAAGUGUCUACAUUGAAGGUUGGACGCUCUUCAGUUUGUGUGAGGGUAUCCAUUGCUUCUUCACCACAAAAACAGUACUCUCCUAAGACAUCAGCAGUUAAAUCAGGGGAGGAAGUGCGCAUUGCGGUGCUAGGAGCCAGCGGUUAUACCGGGGCUGAGAUUGUUCGGCUUCUAGCAAACCACCCUCAGUUCCGUAUCACAGUGAUGACCGCAGACAGAAAAGCUGGUGAACAGUUUGGAUCUGUAUUUCCUCACUUGAUAACACAAGACCUGCCAAAUUUAGUUGCGAUUAAAGAUGCAGAUUUUUCAGAUGUUGAUGCUGUUUUUUGUUGCUUGCCACAUGGAACAACACAGGAAAUUAUUAAAGGCUUACCCCAACAACUGAAGAUUGUUGAUCUCUCUGCGGAUUUCCGAUUGCGUAACAUCAAUGAGUAUGCUGAGUGGUAUGGCCAUGCUCAUAGGGCACCAGAACUUCAGGAAGAGGCUGUUUAUGGUUUGACGGAGGUUCUUCGAGAUGAAAUAAGAAAUGCACGGCUUGUUGCCAACCCGGGAUGUUAUCCCACGUCUAUUCAGCUCCCUCUUGUUCCUCUAAUAAAGGCAAAACUGAUCAAGCUGAGCAAUAUAAUAAUUGAUGCAAAAUCUGGGGUUACCGGGGCAGGACGUGGAGCUAAGGAAGCAAAUCUGUACACCGAGAUAGCUGAAGGCAUUCAUGCUUAUGGAAUAAAAGGCCACCGUCAUGUUCCUGAGGUUGAACAAGGAUUGUCAGAGGCUGCUGAAUCCAAAGUUACUAUCAGCUUCACUCCAAAUCUUAUCUGCAUGAAACGUGGGAUGCAAUCUACUAUGUUUGUUGAAAUGGCACCUGGAGUGACUGUCAGUGAUUUGUAUCAGCAUCUCAAGUCUACUUAUGAGGGUGAAGAAUUUGUCAAGCUGUUAAAUGGCAGCAAUGUUCCUCACACACGCCAUGUUGUUGGAUCAAAUUACUGCUUCAUGAAUGUCUUCGAGGACAGAAUUCCUGGAAGGGCAAUCAUCAUCUCUGUCAUAGACAAUCUUGUAAAGGGAGCAUCUGGCCAGGCCGUGCAGAACCUCAAUCUGAUGAUGGGACUGCCUGAGAACAUGGGGCUGCAAUAUCAGCCCCUAUUUCCUUGAUAUGUUGUGCCUUUGUUGUGCUCUUUCUCGAUGAUGCUUUGGAGUUAAGCACCCAUCUCUGUUUUCCGUUGAGAAGCAAAGAGCUGAAUGUCGGAGUGUAACCAAACUCGCUCAACAGCAAAACUUGGUUUGUGCUGGUGUAGUAUUUAGAGAGGAGCAACAAUUAGCAGUUGAAUAAGAGUAUGAACUGAGUGGCUUGGUGUAAUGAAAGUCCAAAGGCUAUUAUAUCCUACAGUGGAUUGUUGUCAUGAGAUCAAUAAAGCAGUGUAAAACCCGAUUCAGAGACAUCAACCAUUGCUGUCAGCAUUGGAUAAUAGUUAGAAGUGUGUUACUUUUAAAUAUUAAAGGAUAAAUUAGUUUUCAA